AUGCUCAUCACCUUCCUGGAGGAGGCGGCUGAGCUCAACGCGUCAGUGAGUGCCUUCCAGAGACGCUUCGUGGCAGACGUCCAACGCUGUGAGGAGCUGGAGAAGACCUUCACAUUCCUGCAGGAGGAGGUACGGCGGGCCGGCCUGACGCUGCCUGCGCCCGAGGGGCGGCUGCCUGCGCCCCCACCCCGUGACCUGCUGCGCAUCCAGGAGGAGACGGAGCGGCUGGCUCAGGAGAUGCGCGACGUCCGGGGCAACCAGCGGGCCCUGCGGGCCCAGCUGCACCAGCUGCAGCUCCAUGCUGCCGUGCUGGGCCAGGGCCACGGCCCCCAGGCCGAAGGCACCAACCUGGAUGGGCUGUCAGAGAGGACCUUCCUGCUGCAGCCCUCCGAGGGGCCGCACCAGCACCUGAGGGUCAACUUCGUGGCCGGGGCCGUGGAGCCGCACAAGGCCCCCGCCUUGGAGCGUCUGCUCUGGAGGGCCUGCCGCGGUUUCUUCAUCGCCAGCUUCCUGGAGACCGAGCGGCCGUUGGAGGACCCCGUGACGGGCGAGCCUGCCACCUGGAUGACCUUCCUGAUCUCCUACUGGGGGGAGCAGAUUGGGCAGAAGGUUCGCAAGAUCACGGACUGCUUCCACUGCCACGUCUUCCCGUUCGAGGAGGAGGCGGCGGCCCGCCGCGGGGUCUUGCAACAGCUGCAGCAGCAGACGCAGGAGCUGCGGGAGGUCCUGGAGGAGACGGAGCGGUUCCUGGACCAGGUGUUGGGCCGGGUGCAGCGGCUGCUGCCACCGUGGCAGGUGCAGAUUCGCAAGAUGAAGGCCGUGUACCUGGCCCUGAACCAGUGCAGCGUGAGUGCCACCCACAAGUGCCUCAUCGCGGAGGUCUGGUGCCCCACGCGCGACCUGCCCGCCCUGCAGCGGGCACUACAGGACAGCUCGAGUGAGGUGGACGUGAGCGCCGUGGUUCACUGCAUCCCCUGCCGGGACAUGCCCCCAACACUCAUCCGCACCAACCGCUUCACUGCCAGCUUCCAGGGCAUCGUGGACGCCUAUGGCGUGGGCCGCUACAUGGAGGUCAACCCCGCACCCUAUACUAUCAUCACUUUCCCCUUCCUCUUCGCUGUGAUGUUUGGCGACGUGGGCCACGGGCUGCUCAUGUUCUUGUUCGGGCUCACCAUGGUGCUGGCUGAGGACCGGCCGGCUGUCAAGGCCGCGCAGAACGAGAUCUGGCAGACCUUCUUCGGGGGGCGCUAUCUGCUGCUUCUCAUGGGCCUGUUCUCCGUCUACACCGGCUUCAUCUACAAUGAGUGCUUCAGCCGCGCCACCGCUAUCUUCCAUUCGGGCUGGAGCGUGGCCACCAUGGCCAACCAGUCGGGCUGGAGCGACGCAUUCUUGGCCCAGCACGAGAUGCUCACCCUGAACCCCAACGUCUCUGGCGUCUUCCUGGGACCCUACCCCUUUGGGAUUGACCCUAUCUGGAGCCUGGCCAUCAACCACCUGAGCUUCCUCAACUCCUUCAAGAUGAAGAUGUCCGUAGUCCUGGGGGUCAUCCACAUGACCUUCGGGGUGGUCCUCAGCAUCUUCAACCACGUGCACUUUGGCCAGUAUCACCGGCUGCUGCUGGAGGCCCUGCCCCAGCUGACCUUCCUGCUGGGCCUCUUCGGCUACCUGGUCUUCAUGGUCCUCUACAAGUGGCUGUGUGUCUUCACUGAUGGCGCCGCCUUGGCCCCCAGCAUCCUCAUCCACUUCAUCAACAUGUUCCUCUUCUCUCGAAGUCCCACCAACCGGCCCCUCUACUCUGGGCAGGAAGUGGUCCAGUCCACGCUGGUGGUCCUGGCCUUGGCCAUGGUGCCCGUCCUGCUGCUGGGCACACCCUUGUAUCUGUGCUGGCAGCACCGCCGCCGCCACCACCACCUGCUGCGACAGCCUUCUGGCCCCCAGCUGGACGAGAGCAAAACUGGGCUUCUGGACUCGCAGGACAGCGACAUGUCUGUGAACGGCUGGGGCUCCGACGAGGAGAAGGCAGGGCCCCCAGGGGAUGAGGAGCAGGCGGAGUUUGUCUUCUCCGAGGUGUUUAUGCACCAGGCCAUCCACACCAUCGAAUUCUGCCUGGGCUGCAUCUCCAACACGGCCUCUUACCUGCGCCUCUGGGCCCUGAGCCUGGCCCAUGCCCAGCUGUCGGAGGUGCUGUGGGCCAUGGUUAUGCGCAUGGGCCUGGGCCUGGGCCUGGACAGCAAGGUGGGCGUGGCGGCAGCUGUGUUGGUGCCCAUCUUCGCGGCCUUUGCCGUGUUGACUGUGGCCAUCCUGCUGGUGAUGGAGGGCCUCUCGGCCUUCCUGCAUGCCCUGCGGCUGCACUGGGUGGAGUUCCAGAACAAGUUCUACUCAGGAACUGGCUACAAGCUGACCCCCUUCACCUUCGCCGUGGAGAGCACAUAG